AUGGUCGUGGAACAUGAGGGAAAAACAUACUUCGACAUUCCUGGCCUACUCUUUGCUGACGAUCUCGUCCUAAUGGCGAGAAAUCACAACGACAUGGCCAAACUCCUGGAGGUAACCACAGAAUAUGGGAACCGGAAUAAACUUACAUUCAAUCCAGAGAAGAGUGCCGUCGUGAUCUAUUCACCCCACGACGUGGGUAGGAAGAAAACAUUGACCAUACAAGGUCAAGUUAUCCCAGUUGCUAAAAACUAUAAGUACCUUGGGGUAACCCUAUCCGACUCCAGAAAUUACCUCAAUGCACAAGAGGAAGCCUGGAUGAAAGGGGCCACUUCCGCCUUACAUGCAAUGCAUGCUACGUCUCUCUGGGGUUUCAACAGAUUUGAGAUCUCUAGAGUGCAGUGGAAAGCAACCGCCGUCCCGAAACUCACCUACGCCAACUCGGUCUUGGUGAGGAGCGCAAAUUUGAGGGACACCCUGGAUAGAGCCCAGCGGAAAGCCGGAAAAUGGGCACUAGGGAUUCCAGGCUCGAAAGUAUCGAACGAGUUCGUCGAAGGCGAACUCGGAUGGUCAUCCUUUGAAGCAAGGGAUGCCCAAAGCAAACUAAGAUACUUCGAAAGAGUGAGAUCAAUGCCUGAAAAUAGAUGGCCGAAAGCGAUCUUAAGAAUGAUGGAGCUCACUCAGAAGGAAACCAAGGCGUACCAGGAGACCGAACGACUUAGAGCAAAAUACGAAUGCUCAGACAUCAGACUCCAAUUCGAUCAAGAAGGACGUCCGCUCUCGAAUAUCUUCAACAAAAAGAUCAAAGAAAGGAUACGAGAGACCCAAGAGGCGAUGUGGAGAGACAACAUGCUCCUCAAGACGAGCCUCACUACUUACGCCAAGGGAAAGAAAACCCGAGGUGUAACUAGCUUCACUUACGAUAAUAGUAAGGGGAGCGCCCUCCUGGCUCUGGCCAGAGCCAACAUGCUGCCAACCAGAGCCCACAAGAUGUACCCCGGAACCGACAAAAACCUGUCCCAGGGAGGGGAUUCGCAGAAACAAGGAACGGAUGAAGCGACUCAAGAGUGCGCCGAGUUCAUCGGAAUCUCAAAAAUGAAAUUCGGGAAUGAGUCGCCCGACUUGCGAUCGGCUGGUCCCGAAGCCGUCGAGAUCGUCGAGAACUCCGGAGGAGAAAUUUACUGA